AUGCCAGAGCCAGAGCCAGUCGCCGCGGCCACCACCUCCAUGGUUGAGAAACUUCAGGCCAAGUUUCUCAACCUCUCUCACGCGUAUACGGAUGGCCAAGGCAUCGAGUGCUGCGCUUCCCUCAUGUUCGACAUCCUGCUCGAUUGCAGAGCGAUCGACAAGGAGACCUUCAACGGUCUCCGCCCGACAGAUAUCUGGGCUCUCGAUACAGUCUGUCAGGACGCCAUUCAAAUGACCGGAAAUGCAGCACAAUGGGCGCUGGCUCCGCGACGAGAUCCAUCAGCCGAGAAUAACCUGGUGAAGUUGCGCUUCCGACCUGGAAACGCAUCGAAGUUGAAUCCGAAGUACGACAACGAUCCGCUCGCGCUCCGCCUACACAUUCUGCGCAGAGAUAUGUGCGAGCUGAUGAUCAUGGACUCGAGUAGCUCCGAGCUCGUACAUCUGGCGACCGACGUGCUUCGAUUAUGUUCUGGAAAAGCCACGAUCGCACACUUCUCGAAUGGACAAAUGCUUUGGCUAGACGCGGUGAGCCUCCCGCAGGACCUCAAUAAUACAUACCUCAGGUAUACUCUAUUCGAUUGCGCUCUCCUGACGCUCAUCUGCAUCUCCCGCUGGUAUGCUGCUUGGUUCGACAGCAUGACACCAGCUACGUGGGCAAAGCGAUCUGUGAGACUUUGGGCUCAAAAUGUCCCUGGAACUGGAGCAGUCACACCACUUCCUCCACACCGAAACCAAUUUCGAGUUACGAAUCUUGCGCUGUCUAGCAGGCAGAUAUAUCAGCGACAGAAGCUAGAUCACGCGCUGCGAGAGCUGCUGGCCAUACCUUUCGUGACUCCCCUCGAUACAAUAACUGCUGCAAACCCCGAUCCGAGCAAGGAGGGAAAUAGUCGCUGGUACAAGAGAGGACGAAUGGUCGUAAACGUCCUCAAGAUUGUCAUUGAAGGUCGUGCCUUGCAACGCGAUCCACAAGACGAGACUUUCAGCACUCUACUGUUCGAUUAUGCCCAGAAGGCUUUGGAUAACAUGUUCAUCGCAGCAAAGAUCCAAUUUCGCCUCCCAGCGAACCCGACCACGCCUUCGAUUCACGUACCUUCACCGAGAGGCCCAGAACCAGAAUACAACGACCACCGUGGCCGGCGCCAGUGGCUCAUUCUGACGACACUCGAUUCUCUCCACGGUACGGAGCCUAUUAUGGAAAUUCGACAGGAUAUGGCUCUCAGCAUCUUGCAGCAAGUCGAGGGCGAAAACUUGAUCGUACGAAUGAAUGGGACGAGCGGAAGAGCUGCUUUGCACGCCGUGCAGGACAAGGAUGUAGGCUGGAGGACGGAAAUGCUGAGAUAUGCAGAGUUCGCUAUCGUAGCUCUGGCCCAGCACUUGAGUGCGAGGUUCGAUGGGCGGGAGAUCAAGCUUAUGAACAAGCUGGUCGAGGCGAGGAAGAGACCUUGGCAGACGGAAGAUGAUGGAGUGGGGGCGAGAAGGAGGUCGAGGCAGUAUCCGGAGACGGUGAGCUACACCGAUGGUGCUUGGAAGGAGACUUGAUUAUUUGGGAAGAGGCCUUGACAGUACCAUGGCGGUGGGAUGUUUUGGAACUUGACUUUACUGGGUAGCACAAAGUCUGCUGGAUGGACGA